ACAAGGAAUGAUGUGAUAUAAACUUGCGUUAUUUCAGCUCACAUUAUAUGAACGUAACACCAUGGAGGCCAUCGGAUUGGUCACAGGUCUUCUUCUGGUUCUUCUUGAAGAUGUGAGGGCAGAGUUCUGUGCCGGUAACAUGGCGUAUUGCGAGAGUGGUUGUUGUGGAAGCACUUGUUGUGCAGACAACAUAAACAUUCCAGUCAUCGUCGGAUCGACUGUGGGUAGCUUAGCCUUCAUCGUCAUCGUCAUCAUUUCCAUCUGUGUCUAUUUGAAGAAAUCAAAUAAAUCAGCCCGCACUAUCGGCGAUGACCCAAACAUGAUGGCAACUGCAGCACUUGCUGCCCAACAAGCUGGGAUUUCACCCCAGAUGGUCCCGCCGUUUGGAUACAGUGCCUACCCCAGUCCGACAAAUUAUUAUGGGAUGCAGCCUAAUCCUCUUCUUUCUUCCCCACUUUCUGCUAAUCUUCCUCCUCCUUAUCUUGCUCCUUAUCUUGCUCCUGCUAAUCAUGCUCCUUAUCUUGCUCCUGCUAAUCAUGCUCCUUAUCUUGCUCCUCCUAAUCUGACUUCUGCUAAUCCAGCUCCUGCUAAUCAUCCUCCUCCUAAUCCUGCUGCUGCUAAUCCUGCUCCUCCUAAUCCUCCCCCUGCUAAUCCUCCUCCUAAUCCCCCUCCUGAAAAUCCUGCUCCUCCGAAUCCUUCUCCUCAACAGGCGCCUUCCCCUAACUAAACAGUUAGCUUAGAUGAUGAUUACAGCCUACCGCAAUUGUGCACCCAGAUAUAUGAAAUACUUAGCUAUACUGCUCAAAAGAAGUUAAAACACCCGAUUCUGUCAUGGUACUACACAAGGUAGCUAAUGUGUCAGUAAUUACCGUCAGUAAUAUGGAAGAAAAAUGGCGUGACAUGUUAAUCUUAGCGAUAUGAAAGAACUGGGUGUACUUUAUAUUCACAUAUACGCUUCUUUGGAGAUAUAUAAAUUACACUUUGCAGACCAGUUAGCCUCAGAUAAGUCCUCUUCUGUCUCUCUGUCUCUCUGUGUUGCUGUCUCUGUCUGUCUCUCUCUCUCACACACACACACACACACACACACACACACACACAUACACAUACACACACAUAGUAUUAUUCAAGAGAAUAUUUUCCAAAUAAGUGCAGCAUUCAAAAGGGACUCAUAAAAUGAGUUAGAAAAUACGACAAAGAGCAGUAAAAUGGUGCUCUGUCAGGAUCAGGUCCUUCAGCUUUUGAACUAUGUGGGUUCUACCUGUCACUUCGGUGCCAAGGUAUUCCAAAAGGUGUUUAAUUGGGAUCAAAUCUCGUUUUGUCAUUGUUAAAUCACGUCGUACUCAAGUUAAUGUUCAUGUGGAUCAACAUAUUUUCACUUCACAUCAGCUGAAUAAAAUAAGCUUCUCUUUCAAGAUGAUUUUGUAACAUGCUUUAUACAUUUAGAAAAUACGCCUCUCUUUCAAGAUAAUGUUUUAACAUGCCUUAUUCAUUUAUUAUAAGUGAUUAUCAUAGCAUCAUAUGUUUAUUGUUCAAAAAUGUUUAUCCAUAUGGUUUGAGAUACAUGGAAAGGAAAAGUUUGUACGAUUGUAAUGUGAUUUACAGCGUCGUCGACGUACCAGAGAUAGCAUUGUUGUCAUGUUUAGCGACUUCACGUAGAGACAAGAGUCCAUGUUAAUGAAGUUCGAUAGCAAAGGGCCUGAAUGUGCUUUGAAUCCCUGCUUCUUCGUGAUCAGUCGGUAUAAUUAUAAUUCAUGGAUAAUAAAGGUAGUGUCGAUAAUAAAGACUUGUGGAUGUA